AUGGAACAUAUGAAUGAACAUAAACAAGUACUUGCGCAACAACUAGAUGAACUUAUUCUUGAUCAUGAUCAACUACAAGAAUCAAGUGAAUCUUGUCAUUAUUCGCCAAUAACAAAAAUUGAUGAAUGGGAACGGGAAUCUAUUGUGAAGAUUCAUGAAAUAGCGGAUAAUCUUCGACAAGAACUAAGAAUAAAAUUUGAAAAAUAUACAAAUCAAUUUUCACAACGAUUAAAACAAUUAUCGGAAGAAUUAAAAAAAAUUCGAAAUGACAAUGACUUUAUGGAGAGCGAUUUACAACAGUUAUCGAAUAAAUUUAACAAACUCAAAUUAUAUCUAGCGUGCUCACCGACAAUUCAUUUUCAAGAUGAUAUCUUAAUUUCUAAAAUUUCUAUUUCUGAAAUACCAGAUGAUAUUUUUGACAUGUUUGCUGGUGAUUUAAAAAUCAAAGAUAAUGGUCAAGUUGUUGAACAUGGUCCAUCAGUUUGUCAUGCAAGUAUUCGAGGAAAUGGCGAAUAUAGUUCAGGUCAACAUCGAUUUCAAUUCAAAAUUGAAUCUUACAAUGUGAAUAAAUGGAUCUUCUUCGGUAUUAUCUCACCUACAGUAAAAAUGCAAUCGAAUACUUGGGCAAUACCAUCAUGCUAUGGAUGGGGAGGACAAGACUGUACUAUUCUCAAUUGUGCGAUGCACUCAGGUCUCAAUGGGUAUUCAUGUGAUUUUCAACUGAAUGAUAUUAUAGAAUUAUUACUGGAUUGUGAUAAUCGAAUAAUUCGUCUGACAAAUCAACGUACACAACGUACACAUAUGAUGAAUGUUGAUCUUGUGAAAUGCCCUUUUCCUUGGCAUUUUUAUCUUAACCUAUUCUAUCCAAACGAUCGAGUACGCAUUUUAUAUACAGAUAAUAGAUAG